GCCCUGUACGGCCAGGUCAGCCGCCUGGCCCCGCUGAGCAGCAGCCGCAGCCGCUUCCACGCCUUUAUCCUGGGCCUCCUCAACACGAAGCAGCUGGAGCUGUGGUUUUCCAGUCUCCAGGAAGAUGCAGGAUUCUUCUCCCUGGCCCGGAGUGGCUGCCCUUCCCUGUCCACAGAGCUGCUGCUCCUGCUGCAGCCGUUGUCGGUGCUCACCUUCCACCUCGACCUGCUCUUUGAGCACCACCACCACCUGCCCCUGGGCCCGCCUCAGGCCCCUGCCCCUCCAGGUCCACCGCCAGCCCUGCAGCAGACCGUGCAAGCCAUGCUGCACUGGGGGGGGCGGCUGGCCCAGAGCCUCCGGGGGACUCCCAGGGAGGCUGCUCCAGACCCCUCGGCACCCCACAGCCCUCCCACAGCAGGCAGCUGGUGGGAACAGCUGACCCAGGCCUCCCGGGUCUAUGCCUCUGGGGGCACCGAGGGCUUCCCUCUUCCCCGGUGGGGCCCCGGGCAUCAUGGGACUGCCACUGAAAGUGCACAGGAGAGACCCCCAUCCGCAGAGGCAUCCGUCCCAGGCAGAGGCGUGUGGCUGGGGAGACUGUUUGGAGUGCCUGGGGGCCCUGCAGAAAAUGAGAGUGGAGCCCCAAAGUCCAGGAGACCUUCCAGCUGGCUGCCCCCAACAGUGAGUGUGUUGGCUUUGGUAACACGGGGGGCAUCUCCUGAGACACCUUCUGAGGAGUUGGGGGCCUCAGUGCCCAACCCGGCGCAGUCCCAUAGGGCAGUUCGGGCUCUCUGUGACCACACUGCUGCAGGACCUGACCAGCUGAGCUUCCAGCGUGGGGAAGUGCUGCGUGUCAUCGCCACAGUGGAUGAGGACUGGCUCCGUUGUGGGCGGGAUGGUGUGGAGGGUCUGGUGCCUGUGGGGUAUACCUCCCUUGUUCUCUAGCCCAGGGGCCCUUCCUGCUUAUGUGUCUCCCUCCUGUCACCUGGGAAUGGAAUGGCCAGUGAACACUAAUCCAUGUAAACCAACUAUCCCAGAAGCAUUUUCUGUCUGCAAAAUGACAUUUCUUUCGCUAGCCAUUUCUGCUAAUAUUUAAAAUAAGCGUUCCUUCUUCCUUCCCAUGCCCCUCUGUAAGGUGAAAUCUGCUGUUCUUCCAAAUAUAUAAAAGGAAUUGCCUUCCAUGCAAUCCCUUUCCUUUUUCCCCGUCUGUAUAAGAGAACGUCUUCCUGCCAAAUGGAAAUCUAGUCCUCUUCCUUUUCACCCAUAAGUGGACUGUGCCAGUACAGUAUACGCCUUGGCUCCCUGCCCAGAAAGGCCUCUAGUUUCUUUCCUGUGUAUGGAAUUCCCCCCCCCCAUGUUGCCUGUAUUGAUGAUGUACUCAUUGCUGUACUAGGUGCUGAAGCCUGGACACCCCUGGUGGGUGAGCCUGUGAUGUUGGUCUGCCUCCUUCCUCCUCUGUCCCAAUAAAGUGUGGGAGUUGAA